CCUGUGCCGGGCCGGGCGGGACCGGGGAGUCCAGCACCUGAGAUUCCGGCUCGAGAGGAGGCAGCCCGUGCACAAAGGCUCUCGAGGGAAGGGGUCCCGCGACGUGGAGCCGGCGAAGGAGCGGAGCAGCCUGGCCCCCUUCGCCCCGCCCGAGGACGGGGGGAGGGUCGGUCUCCGAGACCUCUGGAAGCCGGCCGGGUUCACCGUCGUGACGUGCGGCGUGUCAUACGUGGGAGCCACGAUCUGGCAGUACGAGAACAUGCGGAACCAGGCCCACAAGGCCGUCCGGAGCGCCUGGCGGCCUGCACCGCGGCCCAAACACGU